CCAGGCCCUUCCUUCUGCUCCGGCCGGUGCUCGGGCCGCCGCCGGCUCCCUGCGCUCCGUGCCCGGGGCCGCCCCCCAGCCCGCCCCCGGCGCUCGGCCCUACAUAGGCGGCGGCGCCCGCCCCGCCCGGUUCCGCCAUGGCCCCGGUGCUCGGGCCCUGCGCAGCCCUGGCCCUGGCCCUGGCCCUGGCCCUGCUGCCCGCCGCCGCCGCGCAGGACGUGGCGGGAGAUUGUCACCAGUACACAAACAAGAGCUGUGAGGAGUGUCUGAAAAAUGUCACCUGCCUGUGGUGUGCCAGCAGCGGGAGGUGUGUGGAGUACCCCGUCCGAAGAAUCCUCCCCCCGGCCGACCUCUGUGACCUCCGCUCGGCGCGCUGGGGUGUCUGCUGGGUGAACUUUGAAGCCCUGAUCAUUGCGAUGUCCGUGGUGGGAGGAACGAUCCUCAUCACAUUGGGGGUCUGCUGCUGCUGCUGUUGUAAGAAAAAGAGCAAAAAGCCAGACAAGGAUGACGAGAGGGCGGCCAGGGAGCGGGAGAAGAGGCGGGUGCGGCAGGAGGAGAGGAGAGCAGAGAUGAAAUCACGGCAUGAUGAAAUCCGAAGAAAAUAUGGCCUCUUCAAGGAAGAGAACCCUUAUGCAAAAUUUGAUAAUUAGCAUCUCCAGACCUGCCCGCCCCAGUGAGCAGUGCCUCCGUGCAGAGCCGCAGGACUGCACGCCUUCCCCGCCACGAGGAGACCACCGUGGUGCCACUUCAGCUGCCACAGAGGAUGAGCCAAAUGCUUGGAGUCACCAUCAUCCCCACUCCAGGUGCCCGGUUUGCUCCAGAGCUUUGCUCUUGUUCUGCUGGUGCAGGAAACACGGUGGCAGUACUGGAGGAUGACACGUUUCUUCUCACUCACCCCUGGGGUGGUUAUGGAGUCCAAAGCAAUGCAAACAACAAUCCUUGGGCCGAGGGCAAAACCAACCUUAUGCAUCUUUCUUGCUCCUGCCUCACCAAAUACCCUUCACGCGCACAGAGCCAGGCUCUUCUGUCCCCCUCCUUUCUUUUUCUCUUUUUUUCUUUUUAGUAUAGGCAAAAGCCAGCAAGAGUUUCUUGACUUGGUCAGCAAGAGGCCUUGGCUGCUACUCCAGGUGCCUGUACUCGUCCCAGCACAUUAGCACUCCUUGCAAAAAGCACAAGUUCCUGGUUAUUUUGGGCCUCCAGGAGGAAGGUCCCAUGUGCACGUUCUCACUUGCAACUAAUCUGGGGAAAUGCCCCGAUUCUCCUACCUCUCCGUGCCUUUCUAGAAAGGUGGUCUCCUGGGCUUGAUGGCCACGGCUGAUAGCAAUACUGUAGGGUUCAGAUGCAUUUACAAUAUGUUGACUACAUAUUAAACUGAUUUGAUUACUG